AUGUCAGCAAUAGCAUUUUGUACUCUAUGUGAAAAUAAAGGUGUUAGUGGCAUAUUCCGAUGUGAAGGAUGUUCACAAACAUUUUGUUUGCAACAUACCAAUGAACAUCGACAAUAUCUAACUCAUCAAUUAAAAGAAAUAAUGCUUGAAAAUGAGGCUAUUUUUAAGUGUUUCAACGAUAAUGAACAAUCGUCUUUAUUGCUCGAUCAAAUCAAUCAAUGGGAAAAAGAUUCAAUUGUAAAAAUACAGCAAACAGCACAAAAUGCACGUUUACAAAUUCAACAAUUUUCUCAGGUACAAAAAGAACAAACGAAAGAGAAAUUCAGUCAAAUUAAUAAACAAUUAGAAGAGGCUCUUCAAACUCAAAAAUACCUUGAAAGGGAUCUCUAUCGAUGGAAAAUUCUUCUUGAACAACUUCAAUAUGAUUUAUGUAUGAUUUCUCCAUUAAUUAUUUUUCAUCAAGAUCAUAGCCAAGGAUUGAUUAACAAUAUAUUUAUUUUGAAAAAGGAUCAACAGUCAAUUCUAAAUGAAAAACUUAUUAGUUCUUCUACAGAAAUCUACUUCGACGAUAAACAUCAUGUUGCUAUGCAUUGUGGUCCUUGUCGAGCUCCUGCUCAUGUCACUGGUACACAAGAAUAUUCAUCAGGUCAACAUCAAAUACGAUUAUUUAUUAGUAAAAGUACAGAUGAAUUCAUUCUUUCAUUCAAUAUUAUGUCAAAACUAAUGCCCAUGUCAACUGUCUCAUCUGAUUCACAAUAUUUAACGUAUGGUUGGCAAAGUAAUGAUUGUAUCAAUCCGUUUCACUGUUCUUUAGCAAGUGACAAACAUUUUCAAGAUUUGAGAGGAAAAACAAAAUUUCAUAUUAAACUUUUUAUGGAUUGUGAUCAACAAAAAAUUAGUUAUUUCAAUGAAAAAACAAAACAGACGAGAGAAAUCAAUGUUGAUAUUCAAAAAUGCCCUCUACCGUGGAAACUUUUGUUUUAUUUAUAUGAUAUCGGAGAUUCUGUCCGGCUUCUUUCGUCAUGUCCAUUAUCAUAA